GCAUCACGUGCUUCCCGUGUUGGACCAUCCAGCCGGGAGUCUCAGCGGCCGCGACACCUCCAUCAAGACGGUCAUCGUCGUGAUUUCGUCGGUCAAUGCUUGGCUUUGAUCGCGAAGCUCUUAUAUCUCUAAAUUUCGAAUCCCCUUCCCCCUUUUCGCCCUCUUGCGCUGCGAGCGCUGUGUUACCUUGCCCAUCAUGGAUAUCCAGGAGACUCAGCGUCUCCUUUCGGAGUAUCUCCAUGAGCUUGCAGACCUCUUCCAUCGCGUUCCGGGCUCCGCAAUCUUUCUUCGCUACGUAAAGUCCAGCUAUCAAAAUGAUCCUAUUCGCUCUGCAGUCGAGCUCUUUCUAUUUCUAUUCGCGGUUCGCUAUUUGCUCGCCCCCAAGUAUUCGACCAAACCUGGCGUGGUUCAACUCUCAGAGGAUGAGAUUGACGACUUGGUAGACGAGUGGACUCCAGAACCGCUUGUAGGAAAGCCCACAGUCUUAGAGGAGAUGGAGGUUGAUAAGCGGACGGUGAUUGUUGGUCCAGUCGGCCCCAAGUCGAAAUUGGCCAAUGGCCGAACCGUUGUUAACCUCGGCUCCUAUAACUUCUACAACUUUAAUACCAACGAGUCGCUCAAAGAGAAAGCCAUCCAGACUCUCCGCAAUUACGGUGUUGGCCCUUGUGGGCCCCGAGGAUUUUACGGCACUCAAGAUGUUCAUAUGAAGACAGAGGCGGACGUUGCCUCGUUCCUGGGCACUGCAUCUUGUAUCAUCUACUCCCAGGCCUUUUCCACCAUUUCAAGUGUUAUCCCGGCGUUCUCGAAACGUGGAGAUAUCAUUGUUGCGGAUAAGGGCGUGAACUUUGCUAUCCGCAAGGGCAUUCAGAUCUCUCGUAGCAUGGUUCGGUGGUAUGAACAUAACGACAUGGAGGAUCUGGAAAGGGUGCUAGCCAAAGUUACCAAAGAACAAGCUAGAAAACCACUCACGAGACGUUUUAUCAUCACAGAAGGUUUGUUUGAAUCGUACGGUGACAUGGUUGACCUGCCUAAGAUUAUUGAGCUCAAGCUGAAGUACAAGUUCCGACUUAUCCUCGAUGAAUCGUGGUCGUUCGGCGUCCUGGGGAGAACCGGUCGUGGUGUCACGGAGCACCAGAAUGUUGACGCGGCUGAAGUUGACAUGAUUGUGGGCUCGCUGGCCGGCCCCUUGGUUGCAGGUGGAGGCUUUUGCGCUGGCUCGGAGGAGAUCGUUCACCAUCAACGCAUUUCCGCCGCGGCUUACACAUUUUCUGCAGCACUGCCUGCUCUUCUGUCGACAACUGCCAGUGCCACAAUUAAUCUCCUUCAGAAUAGCCCUGAAACGAUAUCCCAGCUGCGGGAGCAUACCAAGGUCAUGUGGGCACAGCUCGACCCCCGUAGUGAUUGGGUAUACUGUACCAGUGCUCCCGAGAAUCCUAUCAUGAUUCUGGUCCUCAAGCCUGAAGUGGUUGCUGCUAAGAGGCUGUCGGUUGAAGACCAGCAAUUUCUGCUGCAAGAUGUGGUCGAUGAGUGCCUUGCAAAUGGUGUCUUAAUCACCCGCCUCAAGACCCUCCCAGACAACUUUGAGCCCAAGCAGGUCGUUUCCCCAGCAUUGAAAGUCUGCGUGACGACCGGUUUGACGAAAAAGGAGAUCGAAAAAGCUGGAACCAUUAUCCGUCAUGCUAUCACGAAAGUUCUGAGCAAAAAGAAGUAACCCUUACGUUUUCCGGAUUUUUAGAAGGACUCGGCCACGAAAAUUGAUGCCCUCUCGAUCCAUUACGCUAUGCCUUGUUUAUCAUAUUCACACCUUGUACAAUUUUUACUUACACUGGUUUUGUACAGCAUACCUGCAAAGUGGACAGCAUGCUUGCCACAACUAGUACACGGAAAUUGGGAUGGGGCCACUGAAGGGGUAUCCGGCAUGAUGCAGGAACCGUUAUUUCUUCCACCCUGAUGAGAUACUUCCCCUAAUUUCUUGGUCCCCUACUAAUAUUAUUUUCCCUUCAUUCCUUCCCAAGACUUCUGUCUCAGAAUGACAGACUGUUAUUAGACUUCUACCAUGUUAUAAUAUUAAUUCCAUUCUUAUGCAUCAUAUCAA